AUGGGACUAGUAGCCCUCAGGAUAUCGUCUCGCCAGCACUUCCAACUGGAUUGCAAACCCGAUUCUAAUUUAUGAUCCCGACUUCACUACUCAUGGUUCUUUAGUUCGAGUACUGACGAGCAAGAGCCCGGCUCGCGAGUUAUCAAGUCGCCUGGAGGUCUGCCCUCUCAUGGCCCCGGCUCGGAUGGUUGGAUCCAUCUGACUUGGCCGGGGCGACGGCCCGUUGUCCGCACGACUGGUGGCGGGAGUGUUGAACGAGGCAGUGGCAGUGGAAGCGACGAUGUCGACGCCCCCCUCGACGGCGAUGAGGCCGACUCUGGAUCCACUGGACGACGCGGUUGGGGCUCGUCGCUUCGCCUGGGACCGCUCACAGCCAGCAUGUCGGGCGACUACGCCUGCGUCAUCGAGAUGGUGGUGCCUCGGAGUGCCAGUGCCUCGAGCGAAGAAAGGGCCAGACGAGCUCCGCUAGACUCGGCGGCAGAAGCCAUCAGGCCCUCGGACGGCGUGUUGAGCAGACUAGUCUUGAUGCGCAUCUACCGAUUCAGUGUGCGAGAUGAUGUGCAUAGCCUCCUUGAACUUUCAUCUUCCGGUGUUCUCUCCAUACGUGGCCAGACUUUCCGUUGCACACCAAUCGGCGAUAUGUUCAACUAUCUCCGAUCUCCCCUCUUUGCGGUUUCUGCCAUAAACUCUGGCGCACUCAAUUUUGUUGAUUUCUUCACGCUGUUUGGGCAACUGUGUCAGUCGCAGCUUCCUAACCAAUUCGCAGGAGGGUAG